GCCUGUCACUUUUCUCCUUUGCCCGCGGAGCUUUGCACCCCUCGGAGUGGUUGUCACCACCCAGGAGCAGCAGGGCCCCCUCCCCGAGCCCGCCUGGCCUCCUCCUGUGUCAGCAAAGAGCCAAGAGGCUCCGCUCUGCUUCCCUGCCCCGCCAGCCACCUUAAAGAGAGGAAGGCAGCAGGCGAGGCAGGAGAGAGGGAGGGGAAGAAAGAAAGAAGGAAGGAAGGAACCAAAGAAAGGAAGAAAGAAGAAAGCGAGCACCAAGAGGGCCCCCUCUUUCCUUCCUUUGGGGCAUCUUUUGGACACUUCAUCCACAGGGGAGGGGGAAGGACCCAGGAGCACAGCUGCAUUUCUCGCCCUCUCUCUCUUCUCACUCUCCCUGCCCUCCUCGGGUCGGGCACCGUCUCCCCUGCACAGCCGCCCCACCGGAUCGGGAUGAAGUGGCUCGGGCUGGCACUAGCAGCCCUGCUGCUGGCUACCCUCGGCCCCGUGGCACAAGGCGAGGACGGGCUGGAUUUCCCGGAGUACGACGGCAUCGACCGCGUGGUGGACAUCAACGCCAAGAACUACAAGGCCGUCCUGAAGAAGUACGAGGUGCUGGCCCUGCUGUACCACGACCCCGUGGGCGACGACAAGGCCUCGCAGCGGCAGUUCGAGAUGGAGGAGCUCAUCCUGGAGUUAGCAGCCCAAGUCCUGGAAGAUAAAGGGGUGGGCUUUGGCCUCGUGGACGCAGAGAAGGACUCCGCCGUUGCCAAAAAACUAGGGCUGGGAGAGGAAGACAGCGUGUACGUCUUCAAGGAGGACGAAAUCAUCGAGUACGACGGGGAGUUUUCAGCCGACACCCUUGUGGAGUUCCUCUUGGACGUGCUGGAGGACCCGGUGGAGUUCAUCGAGGGGGAGAAUGAACUGGAGGCCUUUGAGAACAUCGAAGACGAACCCAAACUCAUUGGCUUCUUCAAGAACGAGGACUCAGAACAUUACAAGGCCUACUUGGACGCUGCAGAGGAGUACCACCCUUACAUCCCUUUCUUUGUUACCUUUGACAGCAAGGUGGCCAAGAAAUUAUCUCUCAAGCUGAACGAGAUCGAUUACUACGAGCCCUUCAUGGAGGAGCCGAUCACCAUCCCUGACAAGCCCAACAGCGAAGAGGAAAUCAUGCACUUCCUGGAGGUGCACAAGAGGCCAACUCUGAGGAAACUCCAGCCAGACAGCAUGUACGAAACCUGGGAGGACGACAUGGACGGCAUCCACAUCGUGGCCUUUGCAGAGGAAGACGACCCUGAUGGUUAUGAAUUCCUGGAGAUUCUGAAAGAUGUGGCCCAGGACAACACAGACAACCCAGACCUCAGCAUCAUCUGGAUUGACCCCGAGGACUUCCCACUGCUGAUCCCGUACUGGGAGAAGACUUUCGACAUUGACCUGAACCAGCCUCAGAUUGGAGUUGUCAACGUGACCGACGCUGAUAGCGUCUGGCUGGAGAUGGACGACGAGGAGGACCUUCCGUCAGCUGAUGAGCUGGAGGACUGGAUCGAGGACGUGCUGGACGGAGACAUCAACACAGAGGAUGACGACGAUGACGACGAUGAUGACGAUGACGACGACGACGACGAUGACGACGAUGACUAGAAGCCGCCGCUGGCAGCUGCUGGCCCCCGGGCAGGCCCUGCCUUGGGCCCCGCCUGUGUCACACUUUCCCCCCAGGGGUCACACAGGUGGCCACCACAGCAGGGUGCUGGGCCCACACCACAGCCACAUAUUUUUAUAUUGACCUUCUUUAAGCCAAAGGUCCCCACCUGUCCUGCCCCCCCUCCCCGCCUCUGGGCACCCUUCUACGCUUUCUCUCAGCACAGACCGAGAGCCCCGAGCUCCCCAUGCAAUACCACGCCCCCCUCUACCACGCCGCACUCCCUUCCCUCGCCAGACGCCGUUGGGCUCCUGCCCUAAGAAGACACACCUUGGACCGUAGACGCAACGCAGAACCACCUUCCAAGACAGAAGCCCACGGCUGGCACGUCCCCCCCUGGCCACGGGAAUCUCUUUGCCCCGCCCCACGUUUCAGCCAACCAGCCCAGCGGAAGCCGGGUGCGUGGAGGAGUUUUGGGCCCACGCAGCCAGAGGAGCCAUCUCCCCACAAACAGCACAGGUGCCUCCCAACGCAGCCCUUUGACUGGCAGCCUGUGCGAGGGAGGCGGCUUCCCACACCAUCCUAGAUGUGCUAUGCUGCUUUGCAUCUCUAGAGGGCAGCAGCGCCCACUAGGCAGAUGUGAGGUCCAGCUGUUGGUACCCCGACGGCAGGGGAAGCAGGCUGGGAGGCUCCCUCUGGACUUCGUUUUAGGUGUAGGACCUGCAAAGGGGCCCUCAAGGGGUCUCAACAUUCCCUUUGCCCCCUUCCACCUUCACCCCCAACCUGCACACCCUUCCGGUUCCUGCUGGCAGCCCCCCCUGCCCCCUCCUGCCCCCCCCCCGCUGAACCUGUCACUCCAACUCAACGUCCGCUCCCUGGCCCGGUUGGGCAACAACCUGUCCCAGGGAGACGCACGAGGCCCAGAGUCGGGCGUUGGGGGUAAAGACCUUCCCGUUCCAUCCCAUUUCUGACGAGAGACGGGGGAAAGGGCGCGGCACCUGGUGGGCGGACAAUGUACAAUUUGUAUAUUUUCAAACAACUUUGUACAGAUCAACCGCGGUGAUUAAAAAAGUCA